AUGGCUGGCGUGCCGCCUAAAGAGGCGAAGCAACAAAGCCUCAAACGCAAAGCAUCCGCUCAAAUUAUGCCGAAGGACAACAAGACCACAAGAGUCACUCCACAUGUGAUCAGAAAUUCGUUUGCUCUCGAAGAUGCUUACAAAAGCUGGCAGAAAAAAAAUAAUAAUAAUAACGGAUCAAAUAACCACGCCGUUAAACCCAACCUCAACGAAAACCGUCGGCGCAACUCACUGCCUAUGGUCGAUAAGGACGGUUUCCAAACUGUGAAAAACGCUGCCAAAGUAAGUUUGGCUAACCGCACAGAGAUGGCGCCACCACCUGUGUAUAACAAAUUCCAGCUGCUUGACAACACGCUUAGCUCCAACGACAAAAUAACAAACGAAAUUGAAAUGGACACAGAAUCUGUUUCCCAAUCACCGGAGAACAACGAUCCACUAUCAAGCAGCCAAAGUCAGCAGACAGAAAUUCCAACGGUAAAAUCAUAUCGACCACCUCCAAUCUUUGUAAAGGGUGAAAAAGCUAAUGCCACAAUUGGAGUACUAAGAAGCAACAAUCUGGACCAAGAAGCUUUCACAAUUACUAUGUCGAAAGGUCUUCAUUCAGUACAAGCUAAAAACCAAACAACUUUUGAGACAAUCAAAAUUGUCCUCAUAAAAAAUAAUUAUCAAUUCUAUACAUUCACUCCAAGAGGUGAGAAACUUAAAUCACUUCUGCUCAAAGGAAUGAGUGAAGAUACUACACCUGAGAUUGUCCUAGAAGACCUCAAAGCAAAAAAUAUUCCCUCAGUUGAAUUUAAAAAAGUUUCUGAGUUAAAAUUUAAGCGAGACGGUGAAGAAAGGCGACAUUUAAUUGUCCAAAUCACUCAAACAACUGGCCAUCCAGCAAACUAUGCUGGCUGCACAUUCUUGAAAUUUGAAAAAACUCUAAGGAAAGAAACAAGUGCUCAGAAAUCUAUCUCACUAAAGAAGAGAAUUGACACAAUGUACAGAGAUGCCAAUCCACAAAUCUCUUACGCUAAUUCUAUGUCGAGGCAGAGAGAACAUUUCCCUCCACUGACAAAUAGAGCACAGGAUAAUCAAAAUUGGUUCCAGGAAAAUCCAUCGCCGCCACAGCCACUCGGUGGCCAGACUUCACAGGCCUAUAGGCUGCAACCGCAAUAUCAACAGCAGCAACAGGAACAGUCUCAGAAGACCAGCAAUCAAGAAUUUCAACAUAAUUGGAUGCUAAAAAUCACAUCAGAACUUAGUAGUCUCGCCAGUGCUAUUAAAGAAAUGAACGCCACACUCAACCGCAGUGUAACGGAAAACAAACGGAGGAUUGACUUCCUCUAUGGAUUCGUUAACGCCAGAGAAUGA